AUGUCGCAACACAAGGAGCACCCGCCCACGCUGCAUGUGUUUGGCACGCCCAUUCGGGGAUGGAUUGACAAACUCACGGAACGCCACACGCCCACAACCUCGCCGAUGGGGCAGCUACAACAUCACCACCAGCACCACCAGCACCACCGGCAGCAGGGGGAAGGAGACAAGGGAUUGCAGCACAGCGAGCAAGUAGGUGCUGAGGGUGUGGGCGACGCAGACGACUUGCAGUGCAAGCUGUGCGGGUUUGAGGCGAUAUCACGUGCCGAGAUGGCGGCACACCAUCGCGCACUCCAUGACAGUGAUGAUGAGGCAGAGGCCACACGACCGUCGCCUGCAACAGCAUCAUCAACCGCAUCAACAGUUCAAGCAACAGCGCCAACAGCAGUAUCGACAACCUCACGAGCAACAGCGCAAGCAACAACACCAGCAACAGCACCAGCAGCGACGCUGAUGUCAGCCUUGUCUAUGCCUGGACAGAAUACAACGUUGCUUACGGGAGAUGGUGGUGCUGAUUGGGGUGAUGAUUGGGGUGACGACGAUGAUCGUGUGAACUAUGGUGGUGAUGAUGAUGAUGAUGAUCGUGGCAGCCAUGGCGGCGACAGCAUGGGCAGCGAUGAUCGGGGCGGCACUGAAGAGGAUGCAGGCGGCGGAGUUGAACAAAGGAGUGGUCAUGGUUUGGUACCACGCGUACACAAGCAGCAAGGAGGUGGAGAGACACGCGAUGGUGGUGGCGAUGGCAAUGAUGGCGACGAUGAUGAUGAUGGUGAAGAUGGCGCAGAAGAGGAAGCGGUGAGGGCAGAUGAGCAUGGAGUGGAGCCUGUGUCGAAGGAAGGAGGGGAGGGGAAGAAAGCUGAGGAUGAGGAGAAGGAACGAGCCAGCCGGAAACACAAGCGCAAGCAGAAGAUGGAGGACAAGAAGAAGAAGAAGAACGAGGAGGAAGACGAGGAGGAGAUGAAAGGGCAGCAACCGCCGCAAGAGGAGCAUGAGAGACGCAAGCGCAGGCGAAAACGAAAGCGAAGGCGAAGACAUAAGCACGAGCACGAGCACAGCGACAAUAAACAACACGAGCACAAUGGGGCACAGGGUCAUGACGGCUCACAAUCACACGCACAGCAGAACCUGGAGGAAGCGGAAGAAGGGGAGCAACGUAAGCGAGCACUAGAGAAACAGAGCAAGCAACAGCAGCAGCAGGCAAGAGGAAGACGAGGGAAGCGAGCAACACAACAGCAACGAGUACAACAGCAGCAAGAACUGCAAGAGCAGAACCAGCGGUGGGCGCGACAGCAUGCAGAGCAACUGCAGAAGACAGCGCAUGGUCGACACAGUGAUGGUGCACCUUCAUCCAGCUCAUCAUCCUCGUCACUGCCAUCGUCAUCGUCAUCGUCCAAAGCAGCAACCACAACGACAGCAGUGGCCCUGAAUGCGGGAGAGAAGGGGCAGGAACAGCAGCAGGUGCACGCAGAUGCCACAAGUAGACAGCAGCAGCGAUCAUCCAUACGACCGCACGCAACGCGACGUAGCACGCGACUGCUGCAGCUGCAGCAGCAGCACAAGGAAGGUGACGGGGAUGGCACAGCCACCAGAGAUGAAGCAGGCGUGAAUGCACAGCAACUACAGCAUAAGCAGCAAAAUCAACAGCAGGAACAGCAACAGCAGCAUAAACAACAGCAUAAGCAGCAGCAGAACCAGCUACAGCAGCAGCAUAAGCAGCAGCAGCAGCAGCAGGAACAGCACGUCUUGUGCUCUGUGUGCAAGCUUCCUGGCCACAACCGACGAACCUGUCCAAAUGCAGCCAACCCACCCGCGCAUCAGCAACUGCAACAGCAACAGCAACAAGAGCGGCGCGCACACAUAAAGCCAAGCCGCCAGUGGACGCAGCGUCAACGGCAGGGUUUGAUGCGAACGGUAUUCGGAAGCAAGCAGGUCGAGCGGGCAGGAGCGGUGCGCAAUGAUGCUGACAGGAAGCGAAGAUCAAUUCGACAGCAGGCGCUCAGGCGCAGAACACGGUUACAACAACAACAACAACAACAACACCAGCAGCAGCAGCAGCAACAACAACAACAACAACAACAACAACAACAACAACAACAACAACAACAACAACAACAACAACAACAGCACCAGCACCAGCACCAGCACCAGCACCAGCACCAGCACAAGGAAGUUGACGGGGAUGGUACAGCCAACAGAGAAGAAGCAGGUGUGGAUGCACAGCAACAUCAGCCACGGCAGAAACAGCAAGAACAGCAGCAGCAGCGACGGCAACGACAGCCCGUCAAGUGCUCUGUAUGCAAUGGUGUGGGCCACAACCGUCGAAGUUGCCCGAAGGCAGACCAGCAACCGAGCGAGCAGCCUCAGCAAAGCAAAAAGUGCACGCUGUGUCAGCGGCCUGGCCACAAUCGUCGCACGUGCCCACAGGCGGCGCGCCAGCCACAAGCAAACCAACACGACGGCCAGAAGACAUCGCACGUGGCCCCGCAACAGCAGUCCAGCGACGCGACCUCAGCACCUGCUGCGUCCGAAACAGCCCAGCCAGACCACGCAACGACGAACAAGCGCACGAAGAAGGUGUACGAGUGCGACAAAUGCAGCUACACCACAACGCGGUCGUACAAUUUCAAGGGACACUUGCGCACGCACGCUGGUGAGAAGCCAUUCAAAUGUGAGCUGUGCAACUAUUCAGCAGCCUCGCACAGCAACUUGAUCAGGCACGUGAAGCUGCACACCAAGGGGCGGCAGUACAAGUGUGAUGUGUGUGAUUUCAAAACAGCCUGGCAGCAGAGUUUGGUGGCACACAGGAGGAAGAUACAUGGCCUUGGCAGCCACGACAACACGACUGCUGCACGUGAUGACGAUGGUGAUGGUGUUGAUGAUGAUGACGAUGAUGACGAUGGUGCUUGGUUUAUGGUCAUUUCGCUGGGACAACGUGGGUGA